GCAACUUUUAUCACUGACUCUCUUAUCUCUCUCAGACUCUCUCUCUCUCUCUCUCUCUCUCUCUCUCUCUCUCUCUCUCUCUCUCUCCUCUAUCUCCUCGAGUCAUAACAUUAAUGGCGUCAAACUCUAGAAGCUCGAGCUCGUCAUGGACAUUUCAGCAGAACAAAAUGUUUGAGAGAGCCUUGGCAGUUUACGACAAGGACACACCUGACCGUUGGCACAAUGUGGCAAACGCGAUAGGAGGAAAAUCUGCAGAGGAAGUGAAGCGUCACUAUGAUAUCCUCGUCGAAGAUCUCAUCAACAUCGAGUUAGGUCAUGUUCCUUUGCCUAAUUACAAGACCUUCGAAUCUAACUCAAGAUGCAUCAAAGAUUUCGAUCCUAGGAUAAUCAAGAAUCUGAAGAUCUAAGUUUACCACAUUAACGUGAAGAAGUCUUUGUACAAAUUCAGAGGGAUAUGUGAUUCUUCUAUCUAGUGAUUUUGUUUGUAUUUGUCUUUGUGUUCUACUUUCACAGAAGAGAUUAUAACUUGGUUUAAUAUUUUAGCUAAUUAUUAAUAAAUCAAAUGGAGAAUAUAAUAAACCUUUGAAAGCCGACAAGAAUAUUGUAUUUUUCCUAUUUUAGCAGAUGGGGAAGAGUGAUUUAUACAAAAAGUGUGCCGAAAGAAGAAAACAACAAGUAGCUGGGAGUUAGGCUUAAUUAAGCAAUAUUGUUUUAAUAAUCAAUCAUUUUAAUUCCCAUAACUAAAAAAUGUAAUCCAGAAGAAAAAAAACGAGACAGAGAUGGCUCCUCUACUAUUUAUCAAUUUAUCAUUGGAUAA